AUGAGUGACUCGGAAGAUGAGGACCUCCCACAGCUUUCUUCCCAUGCCCUUGCAGCUCUGCAGGAAUUUUACGCUGAGCAGAAGCAGCACGCUGACCUCGGUGGCGAUGGCAAGUAUAACGUUGGAAUAAUAGACGAGAACUGGCAGCUGAGCCAGUUUUGGUACAGUCCGGAGACGGCGCUGCACCUUGCAGAGGAAGCUGUGGCAGCUGCGGGGGAAGGUGGCAGAAUAGCGUGUGUGAGUGCCCCCAGCGUUUACCAGAAGCUGCGAGAGCUGCACCGAGAGGACUUUUCUGUCUACAUCUUCGAAUACGACCACAGGUUUGCCAUAUACGGAGAGGAGUUUAUCUUCUAUGAUUACAAUAACCCUGUGGAUUUACCUGAGAAAAUUGCUGCACACAGUUUUGACAUCGUAAUAGCAGAUCCCCCCUAUCUCUCUGAGGAAUGUCUUAGAAAAACGUCAGAAACCAUCAAGUACCUAACCCGGGGCAAGAUUCUGCUGUGCACAGGUGCUGUCAUGGAGGAAGAGGCAGCAAAACUUCUUGGAGUGAAGAUGUGCAAAUUUAUUCCAAAACACACGCGAACCUUGGGAAAUGAGUUUCGCUGUUACGUGAAUUAUGAUUCUGGGCUGGACCGUGAACUGUGAAUGCAGCUGGUAAUACAAUGCAGUAAAGGACCCACGUGACAUUUCCCUCUGUUUUGUUAGUAGGUUGAAAAGCUAUGACCUCCCCUCCUCCCCCACCAACUGGGGCUUUCCCGAGCCUAACUCUCAAGAUGGAGAAGACAACCUCUCAUUUUGACUUCCUUAUUGAGGGCGUCCCUAGAGCUUGGGAUGCUUCUGCCAACUUGAAUCUGUGGAAUUAUAUUUGGAAGGAGUCUUAGAA